CACUUUGUGUUGCCACGGGGUAAUCGCUGGGGUAAUUGUGCAGCUGCAGUGCAUUUGGUUGUCGCUGAGGGCGAACUGGGCUAACCCUCUGAGGUCUGGGGUAGGUGGGAAAGGGGUGUGGCUUAACGGGGCCUGUCUCUGCAGGCUCAUUGAGUCUCUGCCAGCCAGUUAGGUGUGUGCCAAUAGCACACUGGGACCAGGAGCCACGUCCUCAGGUGAGCCCCUCCACUGGCCCCGUUUGCCUGGUAUUGCAUCCUGUCCUCGUUUCUGUUUUUUGUCCUCUUUUGCAGUUAAACCAUCGUAUGAGGCCUUUUCCUGGCGCGUAAGGACACGGAGAGAGGUUUUUAAGGUUCCCGUACCUAAGUCUUGGGCAGGAUUCCAAUUCCAAGAAACUGACGCCGAGUUGGAAACCCGCCAACAUCGUUCAGCAAAGAAUUUCCAGCACGUUCACCUACGUUCGGCCUGAGAUCCGGGAUGGACGAGGCCGAGAAGUACCAGCAGAGGCUGCAGGCCAUCGCGGAGAAGCGGCGCCUCCAGGAGGAGCAGGAGAGAGCGCGCCGGGAGAUGGAGGACGAGAAGCUCAGGCUGCAGCAGCUCAAGAGGAAGUCCCUGAGAGACCAGUGGCUCAUGGAUGCCCCCACCGGCAGCCCCGAUGGCUCCGCACCCCGUUCUCCUCUCUGGGGACCCCAGGCGCAGGCGAUAGAGGAGCAGAUUGACAAGCUACAGGUCGAGAGCCAGCGGCUGGCUGAGGAGAGGGCCAAGCUGGAGAAACUGGAAGAAGAAGGAAGAGCCCUGAAUGACACAGGCAGAGAUGCGAUCAGCGAGCAGCCGGACGCAGCAGAGGGAAAGAAGGAAGCCUCUGCGUCUCCCUCUGGCCCAACACCUGCCCCCCGUCUACAGAAAGCCCCCAUGCAGAACGGACAGGAGGAGCGCUCAGUGCUGGGUGUUGUGCAGGUGCAGGUGGAGAAGGACCUGAAGACGGGGGCUACCACCAUCAAAUCCGUUGCUCCAGUGGCCCAUGGGGCACUCGAGUGCCCAGGGGAGGUGCUGUUUGAUGACGGGAGCAAAAGCGUGCAAGCUGCGGAGGGAGUGGCCCCGAGUCCCGAGGAGUUGGGCCAGGUGCUGAGCGCUGUCGAUGAUAUGGGAAUGCUGGUGGAGGCCCAGGUCAUCAUCAAUGGGAGGAAGGAGAAUGCGGAGGAGGCCCACCCAGCACCGCCAAAGGAGAAUGGGUUUGGGGAGAAGGAAGGUGAGGAGGAAGAGAUCAAACACAAUGCCUGCAGCCCACCACCGCAGGAAGAGACUCCCCAUGCGAGCAAUGCCUCUACGGAUACGACGGUGGACGUGGCCGUCGGAGCUCUGGAGGACGCCGUCACCAUGACGUUCUUAGGCUUUUCUGUAGCGGAGCCUGGACAGGGCCUGGAUGGGGAGGAUGCAGGGGAGAUUAUCCGAGCAGAGCGGGUCGUCAUCACAGACGACGGGGAAGAUCAGCCCGUGUCGGAGGAGGCACCGCCUUCUGGAAGCACAGAGGAACCAUCUGAAUCGCCCAGCAAUGAGAAGUCUGACCUGAAGGUCACUGACCAAAACCUUGAACUGGAAGCUGAUUCAAAUACCCACACCGAUGAAAACCAAGACACCGAAUCCGGGGUCUCCGAAGCCGUUGCCGCAGAAGAAGCUGAAGCAAAGCUGGCCGCAGAAGAAGCUGAAGCAAAGCUGGCCGCAGAAGAAGAAGGAAAGCAGGACACAGCAGAAGGAGAGAGCCGGGGUGAGGGAGACGUUCCUAGGCCCGACUCCACCGAGGGCGCUGUCGAGGCCUCCCAAGGCCUCGCGAACUCCACAGCGGAGGCAGGAGCGGGAGACGUGGAGGAGAAUCCUGCCACUGCGGUCAUCCUCAAGGACCAGUUUCAGGACGUUCCCCUGGACAGCGAGCCAACGCAGGAGGGGUCAGCCACGAAACCCGAGCUGCAGCCUCUGGUAGGUGCCGCAGAAGCCAACUCCACGCCCGCUGAGCAGGAGCCCCUGGUGUCUGCCUCCAAGGCCCCGCCCGAGACUAGUUCUGCUGCCCUUAGCCGUGCCGAGGGAGGGGCUGUGCCCAAGCAGAAGUCCUGCCAGUGCUGCUCCGUCAUGUGAGCCCAGGUUCUCUAUCUCUCUCUCGCUCUAUGACUUCCUACCCCUGCCUUUCUUUCCUGCCCCUUCCUCUCCUCCUCUGCCCCUCAGCAGGCCUCGCGUCCAUAUUCAAGACAUUGUCUCCACCAUCCUGUUUGUCCAAUGGAACACGACCCCAGACUUGCUGUUCUAUUGGUGCGGUGCCUUUUAACAAGAGACUCCACCUGAAGUGCACCUCCAGCCUCACGAAUGGCUCGUUCAAAAUUGUCAUACCAACAGAGGAUUACGCCAGCGGAUGAACAUGACGUGAAGAUGUGGAGAAAUGCAUGCAGGCUGGACAGUUGUGGAUCCACUGAUUUCCAUAACCUGGAUCAUACUUUACAUGAGAACGUGUUCCAAUGUCCAUGCAGCACUAGGCACCAUCCGCAAGCCUGGGCCUCAGCACUCCAGCCUCACUGCCACAUCUCCAACCCCACCCUGAGUUCCCACCCAGGGACCUUUCCCUCAAAGAGACCUUUCCAAAGUUAUUUCAGCUCUGGGGCAAGGCAAUUCCGCUGGGACAUGGCUGCGAGGCUUGGGAUCCAGGCAAUGGAAACUGAAGAAACCUGCAGUCAGGAGCUGCCCGUCUUGGUCACAGCACCACAUUUUGUGCUUCGUCACACUGAGAUACCAUGAAGUUAUUAUAAGAGCCUCUUUACUGUGUCUGCAGUAACACUGCAGAAGCGACUCUUUGCCCCGCGAUGCCCGCUAGAGAAGCACGUGGAGACAGGAGCCCCGGGAGGAGAGUGGGUAACCUGGGUUUUUCCUCUUUCCUGACCCCGAAACGUGAAAAUUCACCCGUCCUUUAGCAGCAAUGCAUUGAUUUUACCGUUUUUAAUGUGCAGCCUUACACACUCUGCCAUUUUUUUAAAACACAGAUACUCCUAGUUAUCUGAACACAUUUCCCACAGGACCAAAGCAUUUUUUUUAAAUCUGUCUGCACAGCUACUACUUUUAUGAUUCAGCUGUGAAACUGAAUGUAUAUAAAAUAAUAUUGGGACUUGUGGGUGGUAAAUUUUUUUUUUUUAAUGGGGGGGUGCUAAGAUGUUGUUUAAAC